UGAUCAAAACUCAAAAGUCAAAGUCAAAACAAUAAACAUUAACAAAUUAUGCCAAAACUCAAAGAGUAAUUGAACUUUCAUUCUUUAUAUUUGUAUUAUUAUAAUUUGUUUGAAACUUUGCUACAAUUAUGCUUGACGAAAUUGUUAACAUGAUAAUAACAAAAAUGAUACGAAACUAUAGUCUUGUGAUUUGCAAUAACCUAUGUUUACGUAAUAGUUAAAUUAGUAUUGCCAAAAAGGAGAAGCAGUUCAAUGCAAUGUCCUUAAUUACUGUGGGUAUAUUAAGCAGAAAGAACUUUGCUACACUAUCCACAGUUCGUUUCUCGUCGAAACCGACAUCCGCAGAAGUAUUAACUGCAUAUUUAUCACAAUGUAAUGAACCUCCUUGGACCUCAUAUUUUGUUAAGUACAGCAGCGUGAAAGAUAGCCAGUUUGGUAUGUCCAAUUUCAACUGGAAAGUUGGCAAAUCAAACUAUCAGAUAUUGAGAACUGGAUGCUUCCCUUACAUCAAAUAUCAUUGCUCUCGGAAAGAAGCUGAGGACUUGGAUGCAUCGGACAGAUUUAUGAGAAUCAUCAAAGUUGUUAACUUAGGUAUACCUUGUCUUCUUUAUGGGCUAGCAGCUACACAGUUGAUAAGGCACUCGGAAGUCGUGUACACAUCAAAGGGAACUGUUACAAUUUAUUUCUUGUUACCAGAACAUAAGGGUUCUUUUUAUUGAAUAUAUUUUUAUAUAACUGGUUA